AUGGGCUCAUGCCAGAGCCAGGAAGCUCAGGAGCAACUUGCUCGGAACAAAGCCAUCGAAAAGCAACUUAACCAGGAUAAACGUACUGGCUCUUCAAUCGUCAAGUUGCUACUCCUAGGAGCCGGUGAAUGUGGCAAGUCAACCGUAUUAAAACAAAUGCAGAUUCUUCAUAGCAACGGUUUCACGGAAGAUGAAAUAAAUGAACGUAAAGCAGUGGUUUACAAUAACACAGUAACAUCGAUGUAUGCAAUAUUGAAAGCAAUGGAUAAUGUUGUUCAUAUUCCACUCGAGGAUCCUUCCAAAGAACCUGAAAAACAAAUAGUUUUCCGAGUUGUGGAGGCUGGCGAUGAAUCUGAACCAUUUACUGAUGAACUUGCUAAAGCUCUUGUCUCAUUAUGGAAUGAUAAAAAUGUUCAAAAAGUAGCCGACAUGAGAAGCGAAUUUCAGCUCAACGACUCUGCAAAAUAUUUUCUGAAUUCAGUGAUGAGAAUACAUGAACCCGGUUAUCGGCCUACAGAACAAGAUAUUCUGUUUAGUCGUGUAGCAACAACUGGUGUAGUAGAAGUUAAAUUCAAAAUAAAAGAACUCGACUUCAGAGUAUUUGAUGUUGGUGGACAGAGAUCAGAACGCCGUAAAUGGAUCCACUGCUUUGAUAAUGUAGAGUCAAUUAUUUUUAUUACGGCUGUUAGCGAAUAUGACCAAGUGCUUUUCGAAGAUGAAACUACGAAUCGCAUGAUCGAAUCGAUGCAGCUGUUUUCAUCAAUUUGUAACAGCACUUGGUUUCUUUCCACGGCAAUAAUUUUAUUUUUGAACAAAAAAGAUUUAUUUGCUGAAAAAAUUCAACGUGUCAAUAUCACCACUGCCUUCCCGGAUUAUGAAGGUGGUCAGAAUUACGAAGAAGCAAUGAGUUUUAUAAAAAUGAAAUUCAGCGAACUGAACUUAAAUCCGGACAAAAAGACGAUUUAUAUGCACGAAACAUGUGCAACAGACACCAAUCAAGUGCAGUUGGUUAUAACGAGCGUCAUUGAUACAAUCAUACAGAAAAAUCUCCAAAAAGCUGGAAUGAUGUGA